AUGCAUGUUAUGAAAGUGCAAGCAUAUGGCCUGGUUUUGUUCACCUUGCUGUUAGCCUCAGUCUAUGGUGGGAAUAUUGUGGUCAUCCCUGUGGAUGGUAGCCACUGGCUCAACAUGAAAAAUAUAAUUGCGGCACUUGGUGCCAAAGGCCACACUGUUACAGUGAUACGGCCAAAGAACAGCUGGUAUAUUGAAGAAACUUCUCCACUCUACACAGCCAUCACUUUACAGGACAAAGGAUGUCUUGAUCAGGAAUUUGUUCAAGAACAUAUUGCCGAGAUGUUGAAAAUCCGGCGUGAGGGUUCCACCUGGGCUCGUCUGAAAAUAGAGAAGGAGAUGUGGGAUCAAAUGGGGGAAAUGAUUGCAAAGGAAAAACGAAUGGUUCUCAGCAUGACUGAAAACCAGGAACUAGUGCAAUCCAUGAAAGAUUCCAAAUAUGAUCUAUGUAUCACUGACCCUGCUCUUUUAAGUGGUGUUUUAUUAUGUCACUAUCUCAAACUGCCCCUUGUCUUUAACGUUCGGUGGACAUCACAUGGUGAGGGCCAUUUUGCAAUCGCUCCCUCACCACUUUCUUAUGUGCCCAUGCCGAUGUUAGAGUUAUCAGACCACAUGAGCUUUUUUGAGAGAGUGCUAAAUGUUGUCAUGUACCUUGUUUCUGAAUUCCAGUUAAAAUAUUAUAUGGAGUCCGAUUACAGUGCAUUGUGUAAUCAACUUUUUGGUCCAGAUGUGAAUUAUUUUGAAUUAGUUCAAGGAGCAGAUCUGUGGCUCUUUAGAGUUGAUUUCAUCUUUGAAUUUCCAAGACCUACCAUGCCUAAUGUUGUCUACAUGAGUGGUUUUCAGUGCAAACCAUCCAAACCUCUUCCACAAGAUCUUGAGGACUUUAUGCAGAGCUCGGGUGAACACGGUGUCAUCGUCAUGUCUCUGGGCACUAUGGUGGAACUCCUUCCACGUGAUGUAACCAAUGCAAUCUCUGAGGCUUUUGCAGAGCUUCCUCAAAAGGUUGUUUGGAAGUACAAAGGAGAAAGACCAUCAACAGUUGGGAACAAUACCUUACUGAUGGACUGGAUACCUCAGAAUGACCUCCUAGGCCACCCCAAAACCCGGUUAUUUGUGGCACAUGGAGGAACAAAUGGACUUCAAGAAGCUAUCUAUCAUGGCAUUCCUAUAGUUGGUAUUGGCCUCGUCUGGGAUCAGCCUGACAAUCUUUCAAAAAUGAACGUGAAGGGAGUAGCAAAGAAUGUCGACUUUGCAACUAUGACCAAAGACUCCUUUCUUGAAGCUUUAAAAGAGGUCCUUUAUGUACCUUCAUACCGGGAAAACAUGCAAAGACUUUCCAGGAUCCACAAAGACGUACCAAUAAAGCCACUGGACAAUGCUGUCUUCUGGAUCGAGCACACUAUGAGGCAUGGUGGUGCAGCUCAUCUACGAUCAGAAUCGUAUAAAAUGCCCUGGUAUUCUUAUCACUCUGUAGAUGUUCUAGUCUUCCUAAUGACUGUUGUUUUAUUGUUUGGCUUUAUUACAUACGCAAUCAUCAAACAAGUCUGCUGUAGGCUGUGUUUUAGAAAGAAAUGUACUAAAAAAGAAUGAAUCUGGGGUUUUAGAAGGUUUUAUAGUUGCCACAUUUUGAUUUUCAUGUU